UGAUUGGGGAGAGCAUUUGCCACUCUCUACCUUUCUUUUUCACAGAAGAUGGCGAAGCAGCUCUUGUUGGUCGGCGGCUAUAGCGACGAAAUCCACCUCUUAGCGCUGGAGAAACAUCAGCUCCACUCUAUCGCCUCGUUUCCAUCAGGUACCAAUCCCACUUUUCUGGCCAGGCAUCCCCACUUGGGCAACGUUAUCUACGCUGUCAACGAAGUGGAGAGUGGCGCUGUCGAGGCAUUCUCCUUCUCUCCACACCUCUCUCGUCUCGGCCACCCCAUCCCUUGUGGCUCGGUCCCGGCUGCGAUCAUCGUCCACCCCAGCGGUAAGUGGAUCUUGUUUGCGAACUACAGGGGUGGCAGCUAUGGCGUUCUCCAGGUCAACCAUGGCUCCGAUGGUGUGCUCUUGGGUCAUCACCAGCAGCCGGUUUCGCUGAUCAAGGUUCCAGGCCUCACGGAGCCGAGGAACAAUCCCCGGCAAGACUGUCCUCAUCCCCACCAGAUCAUCACGGACUCCUCGGGAAAGUUUGUCUUCGUUUGUGAUCUCGGCACCGAUGAGAUCCACGUCCGAGUUCUCAACGUCUCGACUGGGGAGCUCGACGAGGCCGCGACUCCGGAGGUUUCACUCGAGCCUGGCUCGGGUCCUCGGCAUAUGAUCUUCUCCCGCGACGAGCGAUUCGCAUACGUGCUCAACGAGCUCGCAAACACCGUGAGCCAGCUCUCUUAUGAUCCGGGGAAUGGAGCACUGCGUUUGAUCCAGAGCUGGUCCACUCUGGAUGAUAGCGUAGCGAACAAGAGCGCGUGCCUAGCGGCGGAAGUGGCUCUUUCGCCAGACGGGAGGUAUUUGUAUGCGUCCAACCGUGGUAACGACGAGGAUACCAUCGCGGUGUUUGGAGUAGACGCUGAGGGUGAUGGUGGCCUUACCUGGCUGGGGCUGGAUCGAGUCGGUGGUUCGUUUCCUCGCCAUUUUGCCCUUGAUUCGUCCGGGGAGAUGGUCGUGGUUGGGCUUCAAAACUCGAACAAGUGGCUUGGACGAAACUUGCAAGCUACAGACCUCGAUGCAUCAAAUCGUAUUCAUCGCAAAGUUUAUGAUAAUAAAAAUAGUGAAUGUGGGAUUUAAAAUACAGCACAAUACAUAUACUAUGAGCCA